CGAUCUAUUAUUGAUUCAUGACAACGACUUUACAAUUACAAGAACAAUGGUUACCUACACUUAGUAGUAUUAUAGUUGAUUCGGACUCUUUCUCUAAAGAUCUCAUUCGUCAGUUUGAUAAAAAACGAUCUCGACUUCAUGCUGAAAUGGGUGGGGAUAGUAUAUCUUUAUCAACUGAUUCCAUUCAUUCUCGCGCUAGGACACCGGAAACAAAUAUAGAAUCGGAAGCACGACCUCCUAUACCCAACCUAACUAUCAUGAAUCAGAAUGAAGAAGAUAAACAUCUUCGAAGAAGAUCGGCAGGAGACUUAUUACGACGAUCAUCAGCUUAUUUACGCGCCAAAUUCGAACAAUUCAAAUCAACAUCACAACAACAGGAGGAUUUGACAAUCUUACCACCGCCUGAAGAACAACGAAGAUCUGUAUUUCAAUCAUGGUCUCUUUCCAAAAAGAAUCAACAACAAAAGCAACCACAUGUGGAUACUAUUUUCAAUCCUCCUUCUCAUCAGCAUUUAUCAUCAUCAUUAGGUUCAUCUUCUUCUUUAACAUCGUCAUCACAACAACCAACAAAAAUAGCCAUUAAUACUACUAUAUCAUUACCUCCACCAGUUCAUCCUCCUCUUCCUCCUCCUCAACAACAACAACAACAACAACAACAGCGUCAUGCUUCAUUAUAUCAUUAUACAGCUGCUGUUCAUCCACCUGUAAUUACUCAAUAUCCUCCUCGACCUUUAAAAUAUGCACCAGUGGAACCUUUUUCUGAUGAUCACGCCAUCUCGACCAAUAACAACAACAAUAAACAAUUCUUAUCAUCUUCUACACACCAUCGAAUUUCUUUACCUUUAUUUAGAAUACUUCAGGAUACCUCAUCUCAUCGUCAAGUCAGUCGUCGGUCAAGUGAAUCCGAUAUACAGCAUCAUUUAGAAACAACAUCAUCAUCAUGGACUCGUCGGUUCUCUCAGUGGCUCGGGUGUCAUACAAACAAAACAGCAAAGAAAGGAAAGGAAAAAUUAUCUACAACCACUCCAACAACAACAACAAAUAUAGAAGGAAGUUCAUUGGUUGCUUGAUUAUACUAAUCCUGGAUGACUAAUAUUUACUACUAUUACUUCUACUAUUAUCCACUAUUUAAUAUUAUUACUAUUAUCUACUAUUUAAUAUUAUUAUUAUCUACUAUUAUCUAUUACUCUUUACUAUUUACUAUUAC